GUCAAAUAUUUUUUAGCUGUUGCAUGGUAUUAUUUAUGCUGCAGCUUGCGAAUACAGAAUCUAUUUGAAAUUUCGAGUACAAUUUUUCAAUUUGAUACAAAUUUGCUUCUUGCCAAAGAAUUCGGAAUAUCUACAAUGGCUUCUGACUUGUGGACGCUGCAAAACCCUGUCUUUGCGUUUUACUCGUUCUGUGCCUCCGUAUUGCUGUUCAAAACAUUAAUUAUGUCUAUUUACACGGGACGUACAAGACACAAGUAUAAGAGCUUUUCCUGGCCAGAGGAUAAUGUGAUGCAUGGAAUAAAAGAAGAGGUGAAGCCACCUCACCCUGCUGUGGAACGAAUUCGCAGUUGUCACCGAAAUGAUCUUGAAAACAUUGUGCCAUUCUGCAUAAUUGGUCUUCUUUACACCUUGACAAAUCCCUCUCUGCUGACAGCGAGGUUACUUUUUGGUGCAUAUACAGUGGCUCGUUUAUUUCACACAGUUGUCUUUGUGAAGCUACAUCUGCAGCCUUAUCGUUUCUUUUCCUUUUUGUUUUCCUAUUUCAUUACUUUUGUUCUGCUCAUUUCCUUUUUUAUACAUGUACUGAGUUAUAUCUAGUGUAGCUCUACUGCUACCAAAUUACUGUUGAGUUCUUGAGCAUGAAUAUACCAAAUGUUCUUCGCUAAAUGAAAGUAAUUUUUGAUACUUAAGAUCAUGAUAAUUAACCUACUGGGUUUUCUAUUAGGGGGCUAAUUUAAUUAGAUCAAUAAAAUCAUUCAUAAUUUUUUCCAAAAUCCAGAGAAAUUAGGCGAUGAAAUGAAGACAUAUCUUAGACAAUAAUAUAUUAAUUUGAUAUUAAUAUUAAUAGUGUGAGUACUAAUAUCUAGAGAUUUUUGAAAUAGAUUUAUUUUUAGUAAUCUAAAUAUCUAACAAUUG